AUGGGGCAUCAACCAACUACUGAUAUUUCUAAUCCUUUGGUUGAUACAAGUUGUGAUUGUGACGGAAAUGCUGAGGAAUUAAAAACUAGUCCAAAACGAAGAAAAGGAUAUAUUCCCUACUCAACAAUUUAUGAAAGUCAAAUUGAAGUAAGAAAAAAUGGUUAUUGGAUUCCUUGUCUUCCUGUUGAGGCAACAAUUAUUAAAGUACAAAGAGAUACUUCUACUGGAUAUCAUAUUUUAAAUCCUUUUAUUUAUACAAUUGAACUUGAACAUGGUCGGUACAAAUGGAGGGUUCUCAAAAGAUACAAAGACUUUUCUUAUUUAUCAAGUCGUUUAAUGGCACACAGAGCUGCUGAAAUGUUUAAAGCGCCAGUUAGAAGAGCAAGACAUCGAAUUGAAGAAGUAAUUGAAGGGACAACAAUUGAAGAAGAGGAUAAGCAAAAACAAGGAAAAGAGUCGAAUUUAUAUCCGGUAUUUACUCUCUCCAAGUCUCCUGAGAUUGAUGAUUACAAUGAGGGCUGUGUUGCUGAUUCUACUUGGGAAACAAGUGGAGUUUCUAAAACUUCAAAUGAAAAUAAUUCAAUCAACAAUUUUUCACAACAAAAUUCAACACACCAAAUACCGUUAAAAUUCCAAGCAGCUAAUCAAUUACCCCAUUUUCCUGUUUUACCUGAUUCUGUUCUGUCAGACACUCAAAUGCAGGAAAGGGCAAAAAGAUUGGAGAAAUGGCUUAGAUCUGUACUUGAAAUUCCAAUAAACAGGGAAUAUCACGAAACGGCAGAAUUUCUCGACGUCUCUCGUUAUUCUUUUAUUAAUGAACUUGGUGGAAAAUACAAAGAAGGAAAAGUAAAGAAACGGCCCGGUGGUAACAAAGUAUAUAUUGGGUGUAAACAAUUUUGCCUUAGUUGGCUUCUUCCUUGGAGCAGAAGAUGGUUAAUGGUCAAGGAUACUUAUGUUGCAUAUAUGGAUCCCUCAAAUGAGCAAAUACGUCUUGUCCUCCUUUUCGAUGAACAAUUUGAAAUUAAUUCACACGAGCUUUUAAUUAAUACAAAACAACGUCCUAAAGAAUUUGUUGUUUCUAAUCUUCAACAUGUUUUAAUGUUAAAAUGUUCAACAGAAGAAGAUACUCAAGAUUGGGUAGAUACAAUUAAAAAUUGCACUGAAGAAAGAAGUGGGCAAAUUUGGUUACAUAAAAAGCGAUAUGGUUCUUCAUUUCCUCAACGAUUAAAUUCUUAUUGUCAAUGGUUUGUGGAUGCAAAAGAUUGUUGGGAAAAAGUCUCUUCACUUAUUGAAAUGGCUAGAGAAGAAAUUUUUAUUGCAGAUUGGUGGUUGAGCCCAGAAAUAUUUUUACGACGUCCUAUGGCUGAAGGUAAUCACUGGCGUUUGGAUUACACAUUAAAAAGAAAAGCGGAGAAGGGUGUAAGGAUAUUUGUUCUUGUCUACAAGGAAAUGGAGAUGGCUUUGGGUCUAAAAAGUUUAUAUUCCAAAAAAUUGCUUCAAGGUCUUCAUCCAAAUAUAAAAGUUAUGCGCCACCCUGAUCAUUAUCUUGGUUCUGGAACAUUCUUUUGGGCACAUCACGAGAAGUUGUUAAUCAUUGAUCAAUUGAUUGCUUUUGUAGGCGGAAUCGAUUUUUGUUAUGGACGUUGGGACGAUUCAAAGCAUUUACUUACUGAUUUGGGUUCUGUUCAGUUUGCUGAUCAAUCUACUAAAACAAAAGUCUCAGUUUCCACAACUGGUGAUUUUCAAGAAAUUAAAUUAACUGAAGAGCAUGAAACUAAUGUUCAAGAGAAUGGUGAAAAUGUAAAAAUAUUAGAAAAAACAAUCAUUGAUGGAAAUAAACCAGCACAAGGUGGUCGUUUUAAAGAUGUAAUGCAACGUGCAGUGGACAGAAUUCGUUCUAGCCGUUCAAGAGAAGCAACUCCAACAACAACAAACACUCCAAACCAAUUAUCAACUCCUGAGGAAGCUUUUACAUCCGAAAUAAAGAAUGUUACUCCAAGUAUACGUUUCAAUAAUUUUACUGGAAAUUUGUCAGCAUUAGAAGAGCACGAUUCCACAUCAAUAACUAAUGAAGAAAAUUCUACAAGAAAUUUUGAAAGCAAUGGAACUGAAAAAAUAGAUAAAGCAAAAGAAAAAAGAAAUUCUAUUGGGGCUAUUGCAUUGCUUGCUUUUCCAAUGGAACCUAAACAGCGAACUUUGGUGAGAAGAGUUGUUUCUAACUUGAGACCAGAAAAAGCAAGACGUCGAUGGAGAUUGGCAUUACAACCAUCAGAAGAAACACAUGAUGAAUAUAUUGUUAAUUAUUGUCGUCUCCAAGAUUCAAAAGUAGAUAUGUCAGGACUUCAAGGUGCUGGUAAAUUGUGGCCUGGAAAGGAUUAUGUUAAUUUUGUUCACAAAGAUUUUGUUGAUGUUGAUAUCGCAUUUAGUGAUUUCAUUAAUCGCUACGAUAAACCAAGAAUGCCAUGGCACGACAUCCAUUCUAUUGUUUAUGGGUCGGCGGCCAGAGAUGUAGCCAGACAUUUUAUUCAGCGAUGGAAUGCCACAAAGACAGAAAAACUCAAAGACAACAAUGCUUAUCCCUAUCUCGUUCCAAAAUCAUACAAUUCCGUUCGAGUGCCAAAAAUAUUCUUUAGCCCCGAAACUCAACGUGUCGAAGUUCAAGUUUUACGUUCAGUUUCUCAUUGGUCAACAUUAAUUGACAAAACAGAAGAUAGUAUUCAACAGGCUUAUGUGUCCUUAAUUGCAAAUUCUCGUCAUUAUAUUUACAUUGAAAAUCAGUUUUUUGUUUCAUUAAUUAACAGUACGGAUGUUAAUAAUGAAAUAUGUCGUGUCAUUUGUGAUAGAAUAAUCAGAGCCCAUCGGGAAAAUGAAACAUUCCGUGUUUUUAUAUUAAUUCCACUUUUACCUGGUUUCGAGGGCGAUAUUGGUGCUACUUCUUAUUCUGCAUUGUUGGCCGUCCUCCAUUGGACAAUGCUUUCAAUUGCUAAAGGAGAACAUUCAAUGGUUGAGAAUUUAAGGCUAGCUGGUGUUGAUAAUGUACAGAAAUAUAUUUCUUUUUGUUCACUUCGCACUUGGGAUUUACUUUGUGGGAAAAUGGUUAUCUUUUUAAAUUUAUUUUUAAAUUUUUUGUCAACUUUUAGGUAA